GUCGGCGUCAGUCUAUCUUCGUUAUAAUUUAUUCAGCGAGUUUCCUUUCUAUCCCGUCCAUAAUGUACUUCAUUCUGUGGCAAAUUUAAGUCUGUAGGUUAGGUUUAUAGACAAUUGGCGCCAAUUCGUGCGUUUGUAAAAUUAAUAUACGUUUUGUUGUGACACUUGUUGAUUUCCUGACUGGAAAACGCUUUGUUCGAGUUCGAAUAAGUCGUGGAAUAUUGUUUGCAGUUGAAAUAAUUAGAGAAAGUUGAUAAUUUAAUAAUUGUGAGAACAUAAAAGCAGUAAUGGUUCGUCGAAAACGGGAGCCAACAUCAUUCAGUGAACGGAUGAGAAAUGAGAAAGGAAAACGGAGUGAAAAAAGGACAACCGUAUUAGUGGAUAAACGUAAAAGAAAAAGUCGAGUACUACAGGAAAUUAAGCAUCUAAGAAAGACGACACAUUUUCUCAUACCUAAGAUGCCUUUUGCACGUGUAGUCAGGGAAAUCUUCCUCGAGAUAUUUCCAAGACAGGAUAUCAGGAGAAUACAAGCGACUGCACUUGAAGCGUUACAAGAAGCAACGGAGAUGUACAUCGUACAGUUCUUCGAGGACUCGGUGCUGCUAGCGUUGCACGCCAAGCGAGUGACUCUCAUGCGAAAUGACAUGAUUCUGAUGCGCAGAUUAAGAGGCCGUGACGAUAUUAUUAAUAGAUAAGAAACAAUUUUACGUUAAUUAAAUGAACAUUUUACGUGCUUUAAUAAUUUUGGAAAUUA